UUUGUUCUACUGUCUCCUUUGCUUUCUCUUCUCUUCUAUUGUCUUUGAGAGAGAGAGAGAGAGAGUCCAAAGAAUUUAUAUUUAUAUAUGUGAAAAGGCCAUAGAUUUUAAUGGAUGCUUUGAUCUGUGCACUCUGUAGUCUCAAACAAAUCUUCUAGAAAUACACCCAUUUCCUUGGGAUUGCUUGAGUUGAGGGAAUUUAGAUUUUAGCACAUUGCCUCGGGCUUAAAUAAAAAGUUGGUUUCUUGAGGUGGGACUUCAUGGGUUGAACUCAAAGAAUAAUGGGUAGCUUGAGUGAGGAAGAAUAUCAUUUCUUUGAUGCACACGACGACAUUGCAUCAGUUUCUGACGCUAAGUCUGAUAUUGAGACUUCUGAUUCCCAUUCUUGUGCUGAUAAUUCGAUUCCAAGUAGUCCUCAUUUUGAAGUAUGGACAAAGAGCCCCAGAAGUGUUGAGGAGCGUAGGAGUAGGUUCUUAAAUUGGAUGCAAGUGGGUUUAGAUCAACGUGCAAAUGGGAGUUCAAUUGAAGUUGGUAGUAUGGAAGGAGAGAUUGAUCGAAUUAGAGAAAGCAGUGGGGCUGUGUUGAGAAAGUCAAUUUUUGAGGAGGAGUUUUGUUCUACUCGUUCCACAAUGUCCUGUUGGUCUAAUAAUGAUACCUCCAAUUUAUUAGAGGAGUUGGGUUCAAAGGAGAAUUUCUUAUGUAGGGAGGGGACGUAUGGUGGAGGAAUGGUGUUUAAUGAUGAAGUGAACACGGAACACUCUGUAACAGCUGAGGAAUCUGUGAACACUUAUGGCUCAUCUCCAUCUUUUCAACAAUUUAUACAGAGGGAAACUGAUGAACCAAGUAAUUUGAUGGAUAUCCCAAGAACUGCAAAGAAGAAGUGGUUGAAUAAAUUACGUUCUAUAGCUUGUGUUGUGGAUAAGCAGCGGGAAGCUGAAAAACUGAGGCAUGAUGAUGAUGAUGCACUCCUUCAGUACAAGGUACAGAGAGUUAAGGUUCGACAGUCUGGGAAGCGGACAAAGGAACUUUCAGCUCUUUAUAAGGGGCAAGAUAUCCAGGCCCAUGAAGGGUCAAUUCGGACAAUGAAAUUUAGUCCUGAUGGGCAGUACCUUGCUAGUGCUGGAGAAGAUAGGGUUGUACGAUUGUGGCGGGUCUUGGAAGAUGAGAGAUCAAAUGAACUUGACAUUCCAGAAAUAGAUCCGUCCUGUGUAUACUUCACUGUUGAUCAUUUGUCUGAGUUGAAACCCCUCUUUAUUGAUAAAGAAAAAACAGCUAAACUGAAGAGCCUGAGGAAAACAUCGGAUUCUGCUUGUGUCGUUUUCCCUCCAAAAGUUUUCCGCAUACUGGAGAAACCUGUGCAUGAGUUUCAUGGGCACAAGGGGGAGAUCUUGGAUCUCUCCUGGUCAAAGGAUCAUUUUCUGUUGUUGGGGCAGCAUCUGCUAUCAGCUUCAGAGGAUAAAACAGUUCGUCUAUGGCGAGUAGGAAGCGAUCAUUGUCUCAGAGUCUUUUCACAUAGUAAUUAUGUGACCUGUGUUCAGUUUAACCCUGUGGACAAUAAUUACUUCAUGAGUGGUUCCAUAGAUGGCAAAGUUCGAAUUUGGGCAAUUCCCUGUUGCCAAGUUGUUGAUUGGACCGAUAUUAAAGAAAUAGUUACAGCAGUGUGUUAUCAUCCGGAUGGGCAGGGAGGGAUUGUUGGCUCCAUAGAAGGCAAUUGUCGCUUUUAUAAUAUGUCAGACAGUCACUUGCAAUUGGAUGCUGAGAUAUGUUUACGCAGUAAAAAGAAAUCACCUUGCAAAACUAUAACUGGCUUCCAGUUUUUCCCACAAGACUCGACAAAAUUAAUGGUAACUUCUGCUGAUUCACAAGUUAGAAUUCUUCAAGGACUUAAUGUAAUUGGGAAAUACAAGGGUCUAAAAAAUGCAUCAAGUCAGAUGUCUGCAUCUUUUACUUCAGAUGGAAAGCAUAUUAUCUCAGCUAGUGAGGAUUCCAAUGUAUAUAUGUGGAAUUGUAUUAAUCAGCAAGAAAAUGUCCCUGUGCAAGCAAAAAAGAUAAGGUCUUGUGAGCGUUUCUCCACAAAUGCGUCUGUCGCAAUACCUUGGAGUGGCUUGAGACAUGGGAACUUAAGAAAUGGAUGGGGAUUUCAUGUCUCAAAUGGUUAUUCACCAGAAGUUAUGCCAUUUUCUUCACCAGCUUCUUUUUUCCUGGGCCAAGAAUAUUUCCUGGAAUCUUAUCCAAAAGGUUCUGCAACUUGGCCAGAGGAAAAGCUUCCUGUGUCAAGCCCAUUCUCCGCAUCAUCAGGAAUGAAUAAGUCCCAUUGCAAAUUUCUGGAAGCUUCACGUCAGAACACAGCAAUUUCUCAUGCAUGGGGUCUAGUAAUUGUGACUGCUGGAUGGGAUGGACGAAUUAGAUCAUUCCAUAAUUACGGGUUACCUGUAUCCGUCUGAGACUAGUGGUUUGGCAGUGUCGGAUAAUAAGGACUCAUCUCCUUGGUGGGUAUAUAUAGUACCCAGUUCAUGUAUCCUGCACGUAUGGUGGCGCAUGGGCAAUCAAGCAGUGUUGAAUAUUGCAGGAUGAACAGUUAUAGCUAGUGCAAAUUUGAAUGAUAUAUGCAGUAUAGAUGGAUGUCUGAGGAUACAGGCUGGACCCUUCAUGGAUAUCGGGUGUGUGCUGGAAUUGUGUUAUGUUGUGACUGGUGGAAGCAGUUAAGUGGUUGCAAUGUAAUCCAGCGUGGCUGAGGUUAGCUUAUCCGAAUACCCAGUUUAAUCUUACAAUUUGUUGAUUGGUUACUUUGAGAAAUUUUUGUCUGCCAGUCCAUAAAAAGAAAUGCAAGUCAUGUGUUAGGAGAGACCAAUUAGAGAUAUUAUCUCCUUAUAAUGGAGAUGCCGUGGGACCUUUAUAGAACUUCUUUCUUUGGCUUGUUAAAAUGGGUGGAGGGAAUCCAGAGCAGGUGGUUUAAGUUAGUUUGGGGAAAAAAUGGUGGGGAACUUUGCCAUUAUAACAUGUUGGCUGAUCUAAAUGAUUGAAUUGCUUGUCUGCCAUUUUGGACCUCAUGGUAGGGUCAAAUUUCACCUGAACUUGACGGUGGGGUUGUAUCCGGACGCCUUUUCUCUUUGCCGAAUGGCUUAUUCAGUUAGGCUAGUUCUGAAAAAAUCUGCAAGGCAUCCUUCCCAUCUUUGUUUGGUGAACAUAUCUCAAUGAAAUCUUGUAGCUUUUGCUUGUAGGAUGCUGGCAGGUGGUGAACUAAUAUUCAUAUAUUCUCCAGAUAUUGCUCGGAAAGUGCUGAUAAAACCCCCCUUUUUGUUUUGCUAACAGAAUUUUGUACAUUUACCCUUAAAAUUUUUAUUCUAACAUCACUUGUAUUAGUUUUGAGUUACUAGGUAAUAAUCCUUUUUGUUUGGCCUUUGGAAAAGUUUUCUUUGAAGCUAAUUCCUUGUGGAUCUAGCAUAUAUACACAGUCGUAGUUAAUGUAAAUAAAAACCCAUUGAGAGGUUAUUUUCAACUCUUGUAUACAUUUGUGGCUAUGGAUUGGAAAUGAAAAAGAAGCCAGAGACAAUUGUCAUAUUGAUGAA